GAGCACAACCCUGCUUUAUGUAUUUACCAUCUGACCGCUGGUCUGUGCCCUGGGCCGCCCGUGCCAGCCCAAAGCGGCUGUGUCAGCAUCGGUUAUGGCCCAUGUUCCUCCUCGGGAAAAUCGACAGAGCUCGUAUCUGGGGCUAGCUUGGUGACUACGAAUGAGCAGCCUCUCCACCCUGGACCUCUGCUGCCUCCUCUGCCAAAGGCGCGUUUCACUUCCCCGCCUCCUCCAGCGCAUCUCCAGCAGGAGACAUCUCAAGGGGCCUGGGACAAUGCCAUCCUCCAUCACCUGGGGCCUCCUCCUGCUGGCAGGUCUGUGCUGCCUGGGCCCCCACUCCCUGGCUGAGCGUCUCCAGGGAGACGCUGUCCAGGACGCAGUUGCAUCCCAGCACGAUCAUGAGCACCACCAGGAGCCAGCCUGCCACAAGAUUGCCCCAAACCUGGCUGACUUCGCCUUCAGUAUGUACCGCCAGGUGGCUCGUGAGUCCAACACCACCAACAUCUUCUUCUCCCCCGUGGGCAUCACUACAGCCUUCGCCAUGCUCUCUCUGGGGGCCAAGGGUGACACUCAUGGCCAGAUCAUGGAGGGCCUCGGUUUCAACCUCACUGAGAGAGCAGAGAGUGAGGUCCACGAAGCCUUCCAGCAACUCCUCCGCACCCUUAACCACCCAGACAACCAGCUGCAGCUGACCACUGGCAAUCGUCUCUUCAUUACUGAGGGUAUGAAGCUACUGGAUAAGUUUUUGGAGGAUAUCAAGAACCUGUACCACUCAGAAGCCUCCUCUACCAACUUCAGGGACACUGAAGCGGCCAAGAAACAGAUCAAUGAUUAUGUAGAGAAGGGAACCCAAGGGAAAAUUGUGGAUUUGGUCCAAGAUCUUGACAAAGACACAGUUUUUGCUCUGGUGAAUUACAUUUUCUUUAAAGGUAAGAUGGGAAGAGCUCUGGGGACGGAUGGUCGUGAUGGUUGCACAACAACAUCAAUGUCCUUAGUACCGCUGAACUGUACACUUCAAAAUGGAUGGUGCACCCCACUCUGUUCUUCUGGCUACUGGUGGCCAGGCUGGGUCCUCAUGCCUGUGGCGAAGGGGCUCCUGACCAAGAAAAUCAUCCAAGACCUGUCGGCCUCCUCAACCUUCCUGAACAAUUCCCACUUUGCCUUCAGCCUGUACAGGCGGAUGGUGGCUGCGAACCCAGGCAAGAACAUCAUCUUCUCCCUGCUGAGCUUCUCCAUUCCCCUCACCCUGCUGGCUCUCCAAGCCAGGCCAGAAGUGCACACCCAGGUCCUAGAGGGUCUGGGCUUUCCCCUCACCCAGGUCCCAGACGACGGGGUCCACGCACACUGCAGCCAGCCACUCCUUGCCUCCCUGCGGCCCCUUGCGGCAUGCCGGCCAGACGUGGACAGCAUACCGUUUGUGGACCAGAAGUGGUACCUGGCACAAAGGUUUGUCGACAUUGCCCAGAACCUGUAG